AUGACUACAAUGGAUCUCCGUGUCGGCAACAAGUACCGCAUCGGCCGGAAGAUUGGAUCGGGUUCUUUCGGUGAUAUCUACCUUGGAACUAACAUUAUCUCCGGUGAGGAGAUCGCCAUCAAGCUCGAGAGCGUCAAGGCCAAGCACCCUCAGCUUGAGUAUGAAGCCCGAGUGUACAAGUCCCUUGCCGGUGGCGUUGGCAUUCCCUUCGUCCGCUGGUUCGGCACCGAGUGCGACUACAACGCUAUGGUCCUCGACCUCCUCGGCCCCAGUUUGGAGGAUCUUUUCAACUUUUGCAACCGCAAGUUCUCGCUGAAGACGGUGCUUCUGCUGGCCGACCAGCUCAUCUCACGUAUCGAGUACAUCCACGCCAAGUCGUUCAUCCACCGUGAUAUCAAGCCCGACAACUUCCUCAUGGGCAUCGGCAAGCGUGGCAACCAGGUCAACGUUAUUGAUUUCGGUCUGGCCAAGAAGUACAGGGACCCCAAGACCCACUUCCACAUUCCGUACAGAGAGAACAAGAACCUGACUGGAACUGCUCGAUACGCAUCCAUCAACACCCAUCUCGGCGUUGAACAAUCCCGCCGCGACGAUAUGGAGUCUCUGGGCUAUGUGAUGCUCUACUUCUGCCGUGGCUCUCUGCCCUGGCAGGGUCUCAAGGCUGCUACCAAGAAGCAGAAGUACGACCGUAUCAUGGAGAAGAAGAUGACGACCCCUACCGAAGUCCUCUGCCGUGGCUUCCCUAACGAGUUCGCCAUCUACCUGAACUACACCCGGUCUCUCCGUUUCGACGACAAGCCCGACUACAGCUACCUCCGCAAGAUCUUCCGCGACCUGUUCGUCCGCGAGGGCUUCCAGUACGACUACGUCUUCGACUGGACUGUGUACAAGUACCAGAAGAACGCCCAGGCCAUUGCCCAGGCCGCUGGUCAGCAGGCCGGUGGUGACGAGGACGAGAAGGCCCGUGCCACUCGCACUGCCGCCGCCACCGGUGGCCAAACCACCAAGCAGCCCAUCACCUCUCGCAGCCGCAAGGAUAUCGUCCGCGGCGCCCCUGGCGUUGACACUCCGGACACCAACCGCGCCGUCGGUGGAAGCGAUAGGAUGUGA